AUGAACGAAUUAGGAACACACAUCGUACAUAAAAAGAUAAAAAGGACAAAGAAAAAAAAGAACAGAGGAGAGUUUUCUUAUAUUUUUUUCAAAAAAGAAAUAGCUAAGUUGUAUGAAAAAGAGAAAAUAAUAUUAAUGAAUAAUCAAUUUGAUGAUAAUAAUAAUAAUAAUAAUAAUAAUGUGCCUACAGAAAAUAUAAAUAUAUCUAAUAAAGGGUCCAAAUCACACCUUGUUAAAGUUGUCAAGAAAGUAGAACAAAAUUUUCUUCCUAAAUUUAUUAAUUAUAAUAAAGAUAAAAUUAAACUGUGUAAGAAUUUUAAGGAGGUUACUAAUAACACAUAUGAUGAUAAAAUGGGUUUUAAGGAUAAACAGAAUGUAGAACAUACCAUACUAAAUAUUCCAAGAAAAUCCACAUUAUUAAGUGAGGAUAAUAAGAAUGAUGAUAAAAAGAAACAACAUAAACGAGAACAAAAAAAAAAACAAAAAAACAAGAAAACAAAAAAAAAUAAUAUAUUAUCAUCAAACUUGUCAGCUUCAUUAUCCUGUAAUGAUCAUGAUGAUAUUUUAAAAAAGAACUGGAAAGAGGAAGAUGAAAAGCACAAAUUAGUGAUUGAAUUAUUAAAAAUUAUUGUGACAAAAAAAAAAAUAGAACAUAUUAGAAAGACCAUAUUUGAAUCCAGUAUGCUAAAUUUUGUGAGUACAAAAAUGGUUAAAUAUAUUAUAAGGAAAAUACAAAAAAAAAUAGAUUUCAGUACUUUAAAAGUAUUCUUAGUAUGUAAUGUGGAUAUAAAUUGUUUAAAUAAUACUAUCGUUACUAAUAGAAAAAUAGAAAUGUUAGUAAAUUAUAUUUUUUCAAAAAAAAAAAUCAAAAUUGUUGAAUCCUUGUUAAUAAAUCUAUUCAAAUCGAUUCCACAAAGUGAUCAAUUUGAAAAAACCUUCAAAGAAUUAAUUGUAACGAAAUAUGAUUACCUUUUAUGUGUCUCCUUAUUUUCUUCAUAUUUAAUAAACAAAGAAAAAAGUAGUAAAGACGCGGAUAAAUAUGAACAGAUAUAUUUAUUAGUAAAAAAGUUAAUACGGUCAGAGGAAUUGAGCAAAGGGGAUGCUCACAAAAAUGAAACGGUAAGAAAUGAACCAAGUAAUGAUAUAACAAAUAACCAAGGUAUAGAUAAUCAUAGUUUAAAAAAAAAAAAAAAAAAAAAAAAAAAGGACGACAAAAAUAAUAAUAAUAUUAAUAAUAAUAAUAAUAAUAACAAGAACAAUAAUAACAAGAACAAUAAUAACAAGAACAAUAAUAACAAGAACAAUAAUAAUGACAACAAUAAUAAUGACAACAAUAACAAUAACAACAAUAAUAAUAAUGAUUGUAAUUAUAAUCAUUACAGUGGUCUUUAUGUAGAUAAAAAAAGUUGUGUAUUAACAUCAAGCACACCCAACGUCAAAGUGAUUCCUAAUAAAUCGAACCUUCUUUCUUUUAAAAAUGAUUACUUAAAUAUAACAAAUGAAAUAAACGAAAAAGACGGUGUAGAUAAUAGUAGGGAGCUUAAUUGUCUCUUGAAAAAUUUAAAUGAUGCCUUAAAAAAAAAAGAUGAAGAAAUAAAACAUUUAAAUGAAUCAAUAUAUAUCCUACAACAAAAUAUGAAUAAUUUAAAAGUAGAAAAUGAAAUUAUAAAAAAAAAAAUUGAUAAAAUAAAUAUUUUGUCAAAUGACGAAAAUACAAAUUCGUGUUUAGUAUCAGCUAACAAUAUAAAUAUAAAAGAGGAACAUGUAAAUUAUUUAUCAAAUGUCGAAAAAAUAAAAUAUGGAAAUAUGAAAAUGAAAAAUAAUGAAUCCUUGACAAAUACAAGUGGUGAUGAUACAUCGAAUAAAAAGGAAACUUUUCAAAACAAAUUAAGAAAUUUUAUGAGAAUGUUAAAAUUGAAUGAUAUAAAUAAUAUAAAUAAUAUGGACAAUAUGAACAAUAUGGACAAUAUGAACAAUAUGGACAAUAUGAACAAUAUGGACAAUAUAAACAAUAUGGACAAUAUAAACAAUAUGAACAAUAUUACAAAUAAUAUACAAUAUGAUGUACAAAUUCAAGAAAAGGCAGAUGUAUUAUUCUCAUCAUUAAAUUAUCACAUGGAUAAAAUAAUUUCCAUGGUAAACAUAAAUUUUGAUAUGAAUGAACAAAAUAAAGAAACUAAUAUUCAACAAAAUGAUCAUAUUAAUGGUGAUAUAUUAAUAUAUAACAAAAAAUAUAUGAAUAUUCCCUUUAAUAAUAAUAAUAUCAAUUCAAAUUUUCAUGAUUUAAUUCAAAAUGGGAACCAUGUGAAUAAUAUGGAAUUUCAACAUCUACCCAAACUAAUUAAUAAUAUGGAACCAUAUAAUAAAAACAAUUUCAAUUCUUCAAAAGUGUACAAUACUUUUGUUAACAACAAAUGUGUUCAUGAUAAAAAAAAUAAUAAUCUUAUGAACGACUUAAGGUUUUUUAUGAAUUCAUCAUUUGAUAAUAUGCUUGAUGGGAAUCUAAUAAAUCAAGAUGGAAAAAAAACAACAACUCAUUAUAUGAACAACAAUAUAUCAGGAGAUAACAACAACAAUAAUAAUAAUACUGAUUUGUUUAUAAUAAAUAAUAAUAAAAUUGAUGCACCCUUAAGUUUCCAUAAUAAAGAACAUUCUCCUUAUGAUGAUAACUCUUUAGAGGAACCCUCCAAAAUUAUUAAGAAAAAAAGAAAUUAUUUUGAGGAUUUUAUGAACACCUUUAAUAAUAACGCAAAAGAAUCCAUUAGUACAGAUAAUACAAAAUUUGAAAAAAAACAAAAAAAAAAAAAAAAAAAAAAAACAAACAAAAAAAAAAUUAUUUAUGAAAAAGAUAUGAACCAAUCUAUUAAAAGUCCAAGGUUAUCAAAAGAUAAAAGUCAUCGUAGUGAUUCAAAUUCUGAUAGUGCCGAUAGUGUUGUUUAUAAUUAUAAUUUAUUUAACGCUAUCAAUAAUUUGAAUAAACAAUUUUCAAACGUUGUUAAAAAUAUCCACAUGGAUCAAACCAUCGUAGAUAAACAAAAAGAACAAAUCCUUGACGAAAAUAUUGAUAAAGAAAAAGAAAAAAAAAAGAAAAAAAGCAAAAAAGAAAAAAAAAAGGAAAGGAAAAGAGAAAGGAAAGAAAAAAAAAAAAAACGAAAGGAGAAAAGAAAAGAAAUCAGAGAACAAAAAAAAAUUGAAAUGAAGGAAAAACGAAAAAAAGAAUUGAAAGAAAAAAAAAAGAAAAUAAAAGAAAAUGAACAAAAAAUAAAAGAAAGUGAACAAAAAAUAAAAGAAAGUGAACAAAAAAUAAAAGAAAGUGAACAAAAAAUAAAAGAAAGUGAACAAAAAAUAAAAGAAAGUGAACAAAAAAUCAAUGAAUCCAAAAAGAAAUCUAUUAAAAGUGUAAAUCUCGACAAUAUAAAGAAGAAGGAAAACAAAAAAUCAUAUACAUCAUCUGAUGAACAUUAUAAUGUUAAUACAAAAUUAAAACCAGAUCAUGAAUAUAAUUUUAUAGAAGUAGGUACACGUGAAAAAAAAGCAAAAAAAAAACAAAAAAAUGAAUUCAGUUUAUAUGAUGAAUAUAUAACUCAAGAGAAGGCAAUAGAAGGAAUAAUAAAUAAAAAGUACAUAAGGGGUAUACUUAAUGUUAGAAGAAGCGACUAUGGAUUCAUUCUUUUUGAUAACCAGAAGGUUCAUAUAAAAAGCAAGAGGGAUAUGAAUAGAGCAUUAGAUGGAGAUUCGGUUGUUGUUAAAAUAAAGAAAAGUACGGAUGAGGAAACAUGUGGGAAAAUAUUAUAUAUUGAAGAACAUAAUGGUUCUGAUAUAAAAUAUGUUUGUAUUUUUCGAGAUAAGAUAAAAAAUAAAAAAUAUAAUGUUGCAAUACCAUUUAAAAAAAACAUUCCCUUAAUAAAAGUAUUAAAUGAAGAUAUUAUUAAAUUUAUGAAUAAAUAUAAUAUAUGCGAUAUAUCUAACCAAUUAGUUUAUAUAAAAAUAUUUGUAUGGGAUAUUAAUGACACAUAUCCAGAAGGGAAAAUUGUAGAAAUUCUUGGACAAAAUGAUAUAUUUCAUAAUAUGCAAAAUGCUAUUUUAUUAAACCAUAAUUUGAAUUUUAAUUUAAAAGAUGCUCUAGAAGAUCAAUAUUUAAAAGAUCUUAAAAAUAAAGAUACUUAUAAACAAAUAAUUUCUGAACAAAUAAAAAAAAGAACUGAUCUAACAAAUACCUGUAUUUUUACAAUAGAUCCUGAUACAGCAAGAGAUUUAGAUGAUGCUAUAAAUAUUAAUAAAAUUAGCAGGAAAAAAAUUAUGAGUUCUAAUUAUUAUAUUCAAAUUGUUCAUAAUUUAAUAGCUCAUAAUGGAGAUAUUGAAGAACUGAUUUUAAAAAAAAAUAUUUCUUUAUAUAAAAAUGAUCAUGAUAAUAAUUUCUUUGAAAAUCUUAAAAAAAAUACAUGUCUCAAAGAUAUAGAAAAUGUUAAAUAUGGUUCCUUCUUGAAGGAAGAAAAAAAAAAAAAAAAAAAAAAAAAUAGGAAAAAUAAAGAAUUAAAAGAAAAUACAGUAUAUAGGAUAAAAAAAAAAGACUCCUUCAAUAAUAUGCAAUCAUCCUCUUUCUUAUCAGAUAAAAUGAACAAUACUUCACAACAUAAUAAAAAUAAUAACAAGUUCGUAGGUCAGCAAAAUGAGCAAUUGAAAAAACCCAAAAAGAAAUGUACAAAUGUAAACACAAGUCAGUCUAUGUGUAACGAUAUAAUGAAUCAUAUAAUUAAUGAAAAAAAAUUUAAAACGGAUAUAAAUAGUGAUGAAUAUAUGAACAACAGUUAUAAUGAUAAUAACCAUAAGAGAAGUAAGAAGCAUGACACUGUUGAAAAGGUAGAUAUAGAUGAUGAUGUAAAUAACGAUGUAAAUAACGAUGUAGAUGAUGAUAUAGAUGAUGAUGUAAAUAACGAUGUAGAUGAUGAUAACGAUGAUGAUAACGAUGAUGAUAACGAUGAUGAUAACGAUGAUGAUAACGGUGCAGAUGAUUUCUUCUUCACAUCUAACAAAUAUGGUGACAUAAUACAAUCAGACACAGAAAGUGUAUUAAAUAAUAUUUAUGAUUCUAAAGGAGCAAAACUAAAACAAAAGGUACAAAGAAAUAAUAACAACAAUAAUAAAAUUAUGAACCAUAAUAAUACUAAUGUAAAGGGAAUAUCCAUUAAAAAAAAAAAUGCAUACACUGAACAUUUCGGUAGCCUCUUUGAAGAUAAUUCAAGGGAUGAUGCUUACAAAGAAAUGCUAACCAUAUACAGUAAUCAAAAUGAAAAAAAAAAGAAAAAUACAAAAGACAACAAAAAAGAUAAUAAAAAUAAAUAUAAUAAUACUCAUAGUGCAUCUGAAACGAACGAUGAAGAUAUAUUCAAUUUUAUUUCAAAACAAGAUGAUGAAAGUGUUGAAAGUAAAGAAAGACGAAAAAAAAAUUCAAAAUAUACACAAAAAGAAAAAAUACAAGAUCAGCUAGAAGAACAAUUAAUUCGAGACUUAAAAAAUGUUAACCAUAUUCAAGAUACCAAUGAGAAAAGAGAAGAUAUACAAAUAGAAGAAAAAAAUCGAAUGCUGAAGUUUGAAAAAAUAUUUUUAGAUAAUAGUGAUUAUGAAUCUAUUUUAAAGAAUAAAAAAGUAUUAAACGAUGACGAAACGAAAGAAAAAAUACAAAAACAAUCACAUGAAGGAAAUAUUAAAAAAAAAAAAAAAAAAAAUGAAAAAAUAAAAAAUAAAAAAAAAAUAAAUAACACUGAUAAUGAAAAUAAAAGAGGAACAUUAAAUUAUGAAACAUUCUUUAAAAAUGAAUACAAUAAAGAUAUUGGAUAUAAAUAUUUUGAAGAUCAUGAUUUAUUUUGUGAGAAAUGUAAAAAAUAUAUAAAUAUAAAUGAUAUUAUAAAUGAAAUGAAAAAAGAAGAAUGGAAUAAAUAUAAUUUAUAUGAAGUAGGUGUACAUAUAACGGAUGUAUCUUUUUUUAUUAAAGAAAAUUCUUCUCUAGAUAUUGAUGCACGUAAUAGAGCAAUGACCAUUUAUUUAACUCAUACAUGUUUUCCAAUGAUAUCCAAAAUUUUAAGUGAAGAAUUAUGUAGCUUAGAUCCAGUAAAUAAUCGCUUGUGCUUAUCCAUUUUCUUUUAUAUGGAUAGCUCAGGGAAAAUCGAUCAUAACUCCUUUUUUAUUAAAGAAAGUAUUAUAAAUAGUAAAGUUAAAUUUUCCUACGAAGAAGUAUAUUUUAUCAUACGAUACUAUGUAAAAAUAAAACAAUUAAUUAAUAAAUUGAAAAAAGAAAAAUUUAAUCAUAUACUAAAUAGUAACAAAUAUAGUAAAUUAUUGCAAAAUGAUAAUGACAAUAUGAAACAUGCUCAUACGCUCAAUGCGCACAAUACUAUUAAUCAACUAAUAAAAGAAGCAAAACAUAACGAAAGUACAAAGGAUGAUAAGGACAAACAAGAAAGACAAGAUAUUAUUAAGAAAAAGACUAGUAUUUAUAGACGAUUCUUAAAUUUGCAUUUUUAUAAAAAUUGUAAUAAGGAAAGGAAAAAUUCUGAAAGUGGUAAUUCGAAUGCACAAGAUAAUAUUUUGUAUGAACAUGGUAAUGUUUUACAUGAACAGGAUUAUAAUUUACCUGAACAGAACAACAUUUUGCAUGAACAGAAUAAUACUUUGCAUGAACAGAAUAAUACUUUGCAUGAACAGAAUAAUACCUUACAUGAACAGAAUCAUACUUUGCAUGAACAAAAUGAUAUUAUUUCUGACCAUAUACAUAACUCAUCCAAUCGCACAUUUCCCAACGAAAACAAUAUAUAUGCACAAUACAAAACACAUUGUAAGGAGAGUAAGAACAAAUCAGAAGAUGGAUAUAUAUGUAAUGUUUUUCCCGAAUGCAAGUGGAAUGAUAAGAGCGAUGUAUGUAGUAAUAAUAAGUUUGUAAUUUUGAAUAAGAAAGAAAAAAAAAAAAUAAUAAUUUCUAAUUUGUUAAAAAUACAGGAGGUGAAGAAAGGUAUAGAUGGUUUAUUGAAAAUAUUUGAGAAUUUGAAUAAUAUGAAUCAUAGAUUAACAUAUAAGGAAAUGUUUAUUAUAAUAAAACAUUUAUAUGAUAUGCAUAAAAUAACAAAAGGAGCUCGGAAUAUUAGAAGAAAAAAUGGUUCCAUGUUUUUUAAUAAUGACAAGAUAAAUUUUAUAUUAUCAAAUUCUCGAAGUCCGAUAGGAAUAGUACGUAAGAAGUAUACUUUUUCAAAUUAUAUGAUAGAAGAAUUAAUGUUAAGUGCAAAUAAGCUUAUAGCUAUACGUCAAUAUUUUAGUAAGUACAGGGACAUAUCAGUAUUUCGAUCGCAUAAUUUAAAUGAUGCAAUUGAUUUAAAUGAUAUAAUGGAUUUAUUAAAAAAAAGUGACAUUCAUUUUGAAUUUCAUGACUUACGGCAAAUUAUGAAAUUCUUGGAUGAGAAGAAAAAAUAUUUUAAACAAAAGAAAAAUAAUGUAUAUGAUAUUGUAUCAGCAUAUUUGAAAAAAAAAAUGAUUAGAGCAGAGUAUCAUACAUAUAAAUAUAUAAAGGAUAAUAAUAUGAGUACAUAUCAUUAUGCGCUUUCCUUUUUGUUGUAUACUCACUUUACAUCUCCUAUAAGAAGAUAUCCGGAUAUAUUAGUUCAUCGAGUAAUCAAAAAAAUUAUAUCUGAUGAGCAAAAAUUGAAUCAAAAUUUGUGUACAGAGCAGGAAAUAUUGGAGAACACAGAAACGCCUGAUGUGGGAAUACUUGAAAAAAUUUGUGAAAAUUGUAAUAAUUGCAAAGCAAAAUCGAAGAAAGCUCAAGUGGACUGUGAAAUUGCGUUUUUCUGUUUGUAUUUACAAAAACUGUCGUGUCCCGGAUAUAAUAGAGGAAUAAUUAUGGACAUAUACAAGGAAAAGUCCUCCAUAUAUUUCAAAUCUUUUUCUUUUGAAAAUAAUUUGUAUCAUUCUGGUUUUGAAAAACAUUUUCAUAAAAUGAAUAAGGACCACUUGAAAUAUCUGUACAAUUAUGUUAUUCAACCAAACGUUGCAAAGCAAGAGAUAACUGUUAUUAUUAAUACAAAUAAAAAAAAAGGAAAGAUACGUAGGGUGUACAAGCGUUUCGAUUAUAUACCAUUGUAUUUUAUUCCACUUAAUUCGAUGCCUCCAUCCUAUUUUUUGGCUGUAGCAUUAAUAAAAUAA